AGAGGAGGAGGAGAGACUGACGGACUGGCACGAAUUCCUCAGCGCUCCUCAGAUUUCUUUUAAUCAUACGGACCUUCUGCUCGCCUCCGCCCAGACAAACAUCCAGACCAGCUCCUCUCCUCCUCCUCCGAGCACAUAUCCGAGCAGAGCUGCUUCUACACAAAAUGAUGUUGCGAAGUGUCGCUGCGCUCCUUCUGCUGGCUUCCGUGGCUGCCUCUAAAUCUGAGGAGCUGCAGAGCAAGAGCAAAGUGUGUGCCAAUGUGUUCUGUGGGGCCGGAAGAGAGUGUACCGUUACAGAGAAAGGGGAGCCCAGCUGUCUGUGUAUAGAGAGCUGUAAGCCCCACAAGAGGUCAGUGUGUGGCAGCAAUGGUAAGACUUACAGGAAUCACUGUGAGCUCCACAGGGAUGCUUGUCUGACUGGCUUGAAGAUCCAGGUGGCCCACGAUGGACACUGCCACGAGAAGAAAACAGAACAAGCAGCUGCCAGCCCAGUGGUUUGCUAUGCGGCUGACCGUAACGAGCUGAGGGGCCGUGUGAUCCAGUGGCUGCAGACUGAGGUCGUCCCAGACGGCUGGUUUGUCAAGGGAUCCAACUUCUCUGACAUCCUGCUCAAGUACUUUAAGUCGUACGACAAUGGUGACUCUCAGCUGGACUCCUCAGAACUGCUCAAAUUCAUCCAGCAAAAUGAUUCCGUUGUGGAGUUGCAGUCCUACGCGGACAAGGAGAGCAACAAGCUGCUCAGGAGCCUGUGUGUUGAUGCCCUCAUUGAACUCUCUGAUGAGAACGCUGACUGGAAGCUGAGCUUUGAUGAGUUCCUCAACUGCCUGAAGCCUGGCUUCAAUCCACCAGAGAAAAAAUGUGCCUUGGAGGAUGAAACAUAUGAGGACGGAGCAGAGACCCAGGUAGAGUGUAACCGCUGUGUGUGUGCAUGCGGCAACUGGGUCUGCACCGCUAUGACCUGCACUGACAAAACGGCAGCUUUGGAGACAGCAGAUGCUGGAGCAGAGAUGACCGAGGAGGAGUGGAACCUCCGUGUGGCCGAGCUCAACAAGCACCAGGAAACGGUUGAGAAGAUGAAGGCCAGCACAAAGGAGGCUCAAUAAGGACGCAAUAAACCAGAGAGGAUGCACGUCAUCACCCUUCCUCCAUACUUGAUUUACCGUGCGGCCAUGUGUUGUUAAUCGACUGACUUUUUUUCCCAUGUUUCUCUGCUAUGUUAAUUAUUAUACAUUUUCUACAAUGUUUAUGUGUUUGUGUUGAUGUUUUUUUUAGAUUCAGGGGCUAUCAAAGAGUAUCAUAGGAUUCCCUUGUGUUCAGUACUGUCAUAUUUGAUUGUAUUACUGCGCCUCUACACUAGCCCUGGGGCUAUUUUUACUACAACCUUUAUAUUUUUUACAGUUAUUAUGAAACAAAACCUGUCAAGGUGUCACUGUUUUGGAAUAUGGAAGUCAUUGUUUGAGAAGGUAGCGAGGUAAGGAGCUGGGAGAAUCCACCUGUUGAAGUUAGGGAGCUGUCGGAGUACAGAAAUAGCUGACUACUUGACACCUGGUGCAGCUUGUUUCUCCACAGCCCCAUAUGUGCCUUAUAGGCACAUCAGCUUGGUUAAAGAAGCUGGGACGAGAGGGUAAAGCUACUGGUGAUUUUGAUUUUGAUGCCAUUUAGAACUGCCACAGUGGGCCACUACUUGACCAAUGCACUUCUCUUUCUUUCCUUCUAUAGUUUAUUAGGCUUAAGUUUAGCACAAGCCUGAUUUUUGCUUGUAUUUUAGUAAUAAUUUUGCUGCAAUAUAGUUUGCUUCAUUGUAAAGUAUGUUAUAGGCUUGAGUUGGAACUCAUCAUGUUUUCAUGUUAUGCUCAGGCAAGUCUCUCUGGUGCUUUUUCAGUUAAACAUGUGUCUUACAUUUCUGAGACAAAGACAUAGUGGAGAGACUUGAUCUUUGAAUAUAGCAUGAUGAAAAACUGAAACCAAAGUCUUGAUGAAGUGUUUGAAUAAUGAACAAAAUUCUCCAGGUAAAGCAUUACUCUGGACCCAGCAACAACACUAUACCUGUGCUUUCAAAAUCAGUCUAAACAGAAGGACUAGCCUCACUGUCAGCUAAAGUAGUGUAGACGCAUCAAUAGCUGGGUGCAUAUAAGUUAUGUGUGCUUGUGCGUGAAUGUGUGUGUGGUAUUAAAGUUUGAUGCUGAGAGUAGUUUGGUUUGUUGAAUGUGUUUAUUUGUUCAAAUCCUGUAUCUUAUUUGGGAGGAUUGACAAUAAAAAUCAGUGCCUUAGACCUGCAAAAAGGAUAGGUCUCUACCUUUGCCUGCACGUAGGCUUUAAAUGCCACGUGGCAUUAAAAGAGUGAAUGUGCUUCGCUGAAGUUUAGCAGUAAACUAGUGCUUGGGGACUGUUACCCUGAUAUUUGUCUGAGUGAAAGUUGCAUUACUAGGUUCAAGCAUAAAUCUUUAUAUUCCACUAAAAGUGCAGUGACUGUAAGGAAUAUGUAUGUAUGCCAAUAAAGCCCGUACACCACAA